AUGGAGGCCGCGGCGGUGAAGAGCGCGCGCCCGGUGGCCGAGCCCAACCCGGGUUUCUGGUCUCAGCUGCAGAAGUACGAGGAGGCCCUGCAGUCCCUGCCCCGCCUGCCCGGGGAGCCCUCGGGACCGCCCGCGCCGCCGCCCCCGCUGCCCGCCUUCCCCGAGGCGCCCGGCGCGGAGCCCGCCUGCUGCCCGCUGGCCUUCAGGGUGGACCCGUUCACCGACUACGGCUCCUCGCUCACCGUCACGCUGCCGCCCGAGCUGCAGGCGCACCAGCCCUUCCAGGUCAUCCUGCGCUACACCUCGACCGACGCCCCGGCCAUCUGGUGGCUGGACCCCGAGCUGACCUACGGCAAUGCCAAGCCCUUCGUCUUCACCCAGGGCCACUCAGUGUGCAACCGCUCCUUCUUCCCUUGCUUCGACACGCCGGCGGUCAAGUGCACCUACUCGGCCGUAGUCAAGGCCCCGUCGGGGGUGCAGGUGCUGAUGAGUGCCACGCAGCGCACCUACGUGGAGGAGGAGGGCGUCUACCGCUUCCACAUGGAGCACCCUGUGCCCGCCUACCUCGUGGCCCUGGUGGCCGGGGACCUGCAGCCGGCAGACAUCGGGCCUAGGAGCCGGGUGUGGGCCGAGCCGUGCCUCCUGCCCACGGCUACCAGCAAGCUGUCGGGCGCGGUGGAGCAGUGGCUGAGCGCGGCUGAGCGGCUGUAUGGGCCAUACAUGUGGGGAAGGUACGACAUCGUCUUCCUGCCCCCCUCCUUCCCCAUCGUGGCCAUGGAGAAUCCCUGCCUCACCUUCAUCAUCUCCUCCAUCCUGGAGAGUGAUGAGUUCCUGGUCAUCGAUGUCAUCCACGAGGUGGCCCACAGCUGGUUCGGCAAUGCGGUCACCAAUGCCACAUGGGAGGAGAUGUGGUUGAGCGAGGGCCUGGCCACCUAUGCCCAGCGCCGUAUCACCACCGAGACCUAUGGGGCUGCCUUCACCUGUCUGGAGACAGCCUUCCGCCUGGAUGCCCUACACAGGCAAAUGAAGCUCCUCGGAGAGGACAGCCCAGUGAGCAAGCUGCAGGUCAAGCUGGAGCCAGGAGUGAACCCCAGCCACCUGAUGAACCUGUUUACUUACGAGAAGGGCUACUGCUUCGUGUACUACCUGUCCCAGCUCUGUGGAGACCCCCAGCGCUUCGACGACUUUCUCCGAGCCUACGUGGAGAAGUACAAGUUCACCAGCGUGGUAGCCCAGGACCUGUUGGACUCCUUCCUGAGCUUCUUCCCAGAGCUGAAGGAGCAAAGUGUGGACUGCCGGGCAGGGCUGGAGUUCGAGCGCUGGCUCAACGCCACGGGCCCACCGCUGGCCGAGCCGGACCUGUCUCAGGGAUCCAGCCUGACCCGGCCGGUGGAGGCCCUCUUCCAGCUGUGGACCGCGGAGCCUCUGGACCAGGCAGCCGCCUCAGCCAGUGCCAUCGACAUCUCCAAGUGGAGGACCUUCCAGACAGCGCUCUUCCUGGACCGGCUCCUAGAUGGGUCCCCGCUGCCCCAGGAGGUGGUGAUGAGCCUGUCCAAGUGCUACUCCUCCCUGCUGGACUCGAUGAACGCCGAGAUCCGGAUCCGCUGGCUGCAGAUUGUGGUCCGCAACGACUACUACCCCGACCUCCACCGGGUCCGGCGGUUCCUCGAGAGCCAGAUGUCCCGCAUGUACACCAUCCCACUGUACGAGGACCUCUGCACCGGCGCGCUCAAGUCCUUCGCCCUGGAGGUGUUCUACCAGACACAGGGCCGACUGCACCCCAACCUGCGCAGGACCAUCCAGCAGAUCCUGUCCCAGGGCCUGGGCCCCGGCGCUGAGCCCAGUGUGGAGCAGGCCAGGGCCGGGGCGGACUCGGAGGGGGACGCAGACACGCCGGCCCUGCUGCUCGGGGAUGAGGCCCCCAGCAGCACCAUUUCUCUCAGGGACGUCAACGUGUCUGCCUAGCCCUGACCUCCCAGACACCACGAUUGUGCCUUCCGUGGCCCGGGCCUGCCGUGACUGUGCCUCGGCUCUGGCCGUGAGCUCUGCCGGGGACCACACCCCCUCCUGGGGCUCACCCAGGGACCUCCUCAUGGCCGGCGGUGCCCGUGGACCUGGUCCCCCCAGCUCUCUUGCACUGCAGGCCCGAAGCAGCCAGCACAUGCCAUGCCUCCCUGUCUCGACACUGACCGCCGGGCACUGCCCUCGGGGUGACAGCCCCGCAGUCCCCACGGCAACUGCCACACUGUGCCUUACAUCUGCCAUGACGUCCAGGCUGCACUGUCCCCACAGCGUGCCUCCACCCCGCGGAGCCCCGCACCCCGCCCCGGGGGUCGGCAGCCUCACUUGGCCCCUGGCAGAGGACAAGGACACAGACAUGCCCGUAGUGUAGGGUCAGGGGACCCUGAGGAGGGGGUGGACCUCCCUGGGGAGGGAUCCCCGGAAAGCCUUAGCCCCUCAGGGAACACGGGGUCCCGGGCCCCAGGGGAAGUGGGACAGGACAGUCUGUCUUGUGGCUGUAACACCCCACAGGGAAGAGGGCAGGUGGGGCUGGUGCUCUUUUUAGGCCCACCGUGCUGGGAGAGGCCUGGGGGCCCCGGCAGUCCGAUGUGGGCUACCUGGGGGACCGCUGCAACAGGGUCACCAUGAUUGUCCCAUUAAACCUCCACUCUGCAAACCAC